AUGGAUAUGUCUGGAAUGCUUAUGACCACAGGAGCGGCUUUGCUCAUGACUCAUUGCUGCAUUUUUGGUUUUGAAGUCAUUUCCAUCCUGCGCCGUGUUGCCUCUGCCCUGUGGGAUGGGCUGGAUGGACACAAGUCCAACGAACAUUUGGACCGUGCCUUGUGGGAUGCGCGUAUUAAACAGUAUCGCUCCUCCUCCAGGGCUUGCAUGCACAUCGCGGCCAUUUGUACUUUCGGUCAGAUGCUGCACUUGCAAUGGAAUCAAAACGCACACUCACGCUGGCCCUUUGCGAUUUCAAUGUCUGCAUGGGUUAUGCAUCUGAUAAUCAGUUCCGGCAUCUUGCAGCUGAAUCGCGUGAGGUGUAGGCUUUUUGUUCUUGUGAUGUAUUUGAUGGUUGGGCUUUGGGUCCAUGGGAACCCUGGCGAUUGUCAAAAUGCACUCAUCCUCUCCAGUGUCACCAUUUCUGUGCGUUUUGCUGUCGCCACGUUUUUUGCGGAUUUCCAAAUCGGAGUUCCGGCACAGUCUUUGUUGAGCCUCCUGGAAACAUGGAAUGCUUGGAAGCGUGAUCCUGCUUCUGUACAUAUCUCCUGUCUUCAUCAGCUUACAGUCUUAGCUUUCAUCAUGGUUCUAGCGGGCUUGAUGGAAUUCCACAAUCGCUCGCGGAUUGCGCUGCUCACGAAUUCGGAGUCCAUGAUCCUGAGCUUCCGAAGGGUGCUGCGUGGGGUGUGCGAUGGCGAAGUUCUGCUGGACAGCCAAUUACGAGUAUCGGGGAAGGCCGGCUGCUUGCAGACGUUGCUGAUGACCUCGGACUCUAACUUCUGCGACAAGAGGUUCGAGGAAUUGUUGGUGGAGGAUGAGCGCGAACGUUUUCGAAGCUUCAUGUCGGAGCAAUCAAAUGCCUCUGGCCUCAGCGCUCCUCCAUGCUUGCGAGUGUCGUUGAAACGUCCACCCAGGAAGCGUUCAACAGGGUCAACCUCCAUGUUCCCGCCGGUUGGGGUCGAUCUCUUCCAUGUGCCGCACAUGUUGGGUGAAGAGACUUAUCACUUGCUCGCACUCCGAGAAGAUUCCGACUCAAGAUCUCCACUGGAGGUCGUUGGGGCUGAUGGAGAAUUGGCUCCUGCCCACACUGCAGAUUCCGAAAAGAGAAGAUUGAGGAGCAUGCCACUCUCUGAUUCUUCUGUCUCGCAGGUCUCUGCAAACUCUCUUCUGCAGAUUUGCAAGGAGGUGGAGGAGAUGACUUUGCUGGUGGAUGCGACCACACCGUUGCUGGAUGUGGAACAGGCUCACUUGAGCUUUCUUCGUCGACCUGAUAGCGACGAAAGCUCCAUGCCCAGUUUGCGACGCCUCGUUCAACCCACAGAUUGGGGCACUGUUCGUGCCCAGCUCUUGAGUUUCGCUGGGGCAGCACGACACCAGGGCGCUCUCCAAAUGAAGUUGAUGUUGCAGGAUGAUUGCAAGAGACGCCUUGAAGCACGCCGAGUACAGGUCUCUGCAUUCCUUCCACCCAAUGGCAACAAGUGUCCAGAGAUGUGCAGCAAACUGUGCAUGAAACUGGAGAACUUCAAAGCAUUGACGCCUGUACCAAAGCAAAAGUGGGAGUUGCAAGGUCUGAAUGAAUGCCAAUCUGAAGAUUCUGACCAGAGUUGA